AGCGCGCCUGAUGUAAAGACGUCCCUGGAACAGACCCUUUGUCAUAAGGUGCGAAUAUCAUGUGAUAACCGUUGUUGGGAAAACAAAAUCUGAAAUACCUCCAGAUUGCAAAAUCCAGCGUCGCUUCGAAUGAAAGAUCAUUUAACCAGUUUGAGCUUUUACAUCGCACACUAACGAAGACUAUAUGAAGACUAUGCAUUGCAGUUCCCAACUUGAAUAACACAUCUGACGAUAUUCCCUCAUCUACCCCUCUUGCUCUUCCCAGAUUCUCUGAACACAAUGAUAGGGGUGGUGUGUCUGGCCCUCCUAGGCCUAACCUCAGCCCUGAUUUGUCCCGAUGGUGGGAUGUGUGACGACGGCAACACCUGCUGCAAGACCCCCAGCGGUGGAUAUGGCUGCUGUCCAUUACCAAAUGCUGAGUGCUGUUCCGACCACCUGCAUUGCUGCUAUGAGGGGACAGUGUGUGACUUAGUCCACUCCAAGUGCCUCAAUAAAACAGUCUCUCUGCCGUGGGUCAGAAGAGUCCCCGCACAACACAUCAUCAGCCCUCUGAUGGUGGAGGGAGUGAGGGCAGUCAUUUGUCCCGACGGUGAGUCGGAGUGUCCAGACGACACCACCUGCUGUCAACUCCCAGAAGGCUCCUGGGGCUGCUGUCCGCUGGCCAAGGCGGUGUGCUGUGAGGACAAGAURCACUGCUGUCCAGAGGGCACCACGUGUGACCUAGCCCACAACAAAUGUGUGUCUCCCACCCUGGAGACUUUUGCCAUGAGGGAAAAGGGGCCUGCAAUGAAGAAGCAGACGGCAGUGACCUGCCCAGGUGGUACGAGCAGAUGCCCAGACGGAACCACCUGUUGCCUGCUGACCAUUGGCGACUAUGGCUGCUGCCCCUACCUGGAGGCUGUGUGCUGUACGGACAAACUCCACUGUUGCCCCGGCAAUACAACCUGUGACCUGGAGCAUGAGAUGUGCACUUCCCCCAACACACAGACCCCACUGGCUAAGAAGACUCCUGCCAUCCCCAACGAUGUGGAUUGCCCAGACAAGGUGUCAUCGUGUCCUGAUGAGACCACUUGCUGCCUGCUGGGGGAUAAGAGCUAUGGCUGCUGCCCUAUGCCAAGUGCUGUGUGUUGUCCGGACCACCUUCACUGCUGUCCUGAGGGAACCACCUGUGACCUGGAACAGAGCACCUGUGUGUCUGAACACGGCCAAACUCCCAUGGCUGUCAAAUUCCCCGCCACAUUGACCACGACAUYCCUACAGAGCACAGUCAAUGCUGUGCCCUGCAACGACUCUGUGGCCUGCGCUGAUGGAACCACGUGCUGUAAAUUACUAAAUGGAGAAUGGGCCUGCUGCCCCCUACCCAAGGCUGUGUGUUGUGAUGACCACCUYCACUGCUGCCCCCACGGGACCAUCUGUAACCUGGCCGAGAGUACGUGUGAUGACCCGUCUUCGGGCUCUGCCCUGGUACCCAUGCUGGACAAGGUGCCCGCCUUUAGCUAUGUGUCGCAGGAGGAGCCGCUGCCCAACAGCAUAUGUGACAAAUCCACGUCGUGCCCGGGCAAAUCCACGUGCUGCAAGACCUCCACAGGAAACUGGGCAUGCUGCCCCCUGCCCAAUGCUGUGUGUUGCGAUGACCACCUCCACUGCUGCCCCCACGGCACUGUGUGUAACCUGGAGGCCAGUAGCUGCGAUGACCCCUCAGGCUUCAACAUGCCGUGGGUCACCAAGGUGCCWGCACUCACCACCCAGGCACAACUGGCCACUGAGAAGUGUGACGAACAGACCAUGUGCCCCGGGGGCACCACCUGCUGCAGACAGAACUCAGGACAGUGGGCAUGCUGUCCUCUACCUCAUGCGGUGUGCUGCGACGACCAUGAGCACUGCUGCCCUAAAGGCUACACGUGUAACGUGGCCGAGCAGACCUGUGACAAAGCUGGGACCCUCAGCUUGCCCUGGAUCCCCAAGGUGCCAGCCCUGCUCCUGCGCAGAGUGCUUCCUCAGGCCAGUGCCCCUUCCUUCCCCCUAGCCAAGAACAUGUGUGACCCCCACACCAGCUGUCCCAAAUAUACCACCUGCUGCUUCAUGGACAAGGCUGGCAAGUGGGGAUGCUGCCCCCUGCCAAAGGCGGUGUGCUGUGACAACGGAGACCACUGCUGCCCCAGCGGCUACAGCUGUGAUGUCCACAAKACCUCCUGCACUAAGGGCCCCCUGACCAUUCCCUGGUACCGCAAAGAGAAGGCCCUGACCGAGGGAGCCAUGUUGAAAGACGUAAAGUGUGACGACAAGAGCAGCUGUGCCUCGGGGGCCACCUGCUGCAAGCUGCCCACCGGCGAAUGGGGCUGCUGUCCCCUGGUCAAGGCUGUUUGCUGUACAGACCAUGAGCACUGCUGCCCCCAGGGCUACAGCUGCAACAUGCAGACUGGGACCUGUGAGAAACUGGUAGAGGCUAUACUCCUCCGCACGGUGCCCCUGACAAAGGUAGCAGAGUCCCAGCAGAGGGCAGCAGAGAUGGGUAUUGAUGUGAAGUGUGACAGCACUGGCGAGUACAGCUGUCCCAAACUGGAAACCUGCUGCAAGACCUCACCCACGGAAUGGUCCUGCUGCCCUGCACCAAAGGCCACAUGCUGCGCGGACACCAGGCACUGCUGCCCCAUGGGAUACACAUGUGACCUGGAGCAGGGAGGCUGCUCCCAGCAGGCUGAGUUGACCUGGGACAUGUUCUACAGCCACGACAAAAAGAGAGACUUUGUUCCGUUUUGACUUUGAGCUAAAUCGGGAAGCACUGAUUUGGACUCUGAGCCAAUCAGGAUGCAGCACUGAUCUGAUGUUCCUCACUCCAGCACACAACGUAACCUGCAGCACAUUCCAUAAGAGGAACAAACAACCUUAUGGAAACUGGACAAGGGACAGGAGAUUUUUUUUGAAUGUUUUUUUUUGUAAGUGAUUUAAUUUGGUUCAAUUGGGGUAGAACAGGAAAUAGAAAUGGUUGGAAGUAGAGAAUUCAGCAUCUCCACCCAAUGGCCAUCCCAAAGUUUUUUUAAUUUUUUUAAGCAGCUAGCUUGUAGGUUUGUCUCAAUGUCUUUACGCUUAAUUACUACUGCCCCAUAUGCCAUUUUCUCUAUGCAAAUGAGAAAUAUGAAUGUAUUAUAGUCUCUUGGAACAAGAAUGAUCAUUUUUCAGAAUAAACCUGCUUUAAGAUGUAUCAAAAAUGUAUUUUAUUCCAAACUCUUUCAAGAACACAGCUACAUAGUAUAAGAAAGCUGAUUUUCAUGUUUCGUUGCUGCAGGCACAACCUAGCAUUAGUAAGUGAGUUAGUAUAUYGUUCUUUCUGGAAGUACUACAGAGCCAUUGAUCAGCCGACUGAGUGUUACUUUGAUUUAACUUUUUGCUCGAUUUUUAUGUAUGUUUUGCCCUCUGGCCUGGGUUCAUCACUUUCUGUGAACAUCAAAAUGGUCUAGCCUCUGACAGUUUUCUGUCAUUAAAAUAAAAAUACUGUCACUCAAACCCCUUAAGUCAUAGCCAUUUUUUUUCUUGAUGUCAUAAUACCCAUUGUUGAUAAACUUUGAUUUUCAGUAUAGGAAUUAUUGGUAAACCCCAGUUAAAUGGUUUCUACAUGCAAUUUGUGGUGCUUGAACAGGUGAUGGGGAAGUGAAUCCAGUACAUAGGAAUCGUAUGAUUGGUUAGUACAAUGUUAGUUGAUAUCAAAAUUGAUACUAAGCACUCUGUUCUACCAGCCGUAGUAAUGCUAACCAGUAAUAAUACUUUGAAAGUCAAUGCAAACAAUACCAGUUAGCACAACUCUCAUCCCAUUCCUAACAUCCCAAAUUUGUAUCUGUACUCUAUAGCUUUGUUUUGGAUUUGUUUUUUUACAUGAAUGUCAUGUUAAAUGAAGGACAUUUUUCUUGGUUAAUUAGUUUCCUUAUCAAAUAUUUUAUCUUAUGAAAGUGAGUUGUGUCAGUAUGCCACUGAGGUGAAAUAAAAUUGUUUCAAAUAUUUCAGUUUUCGUUCAUCGGUAGGGGAAACCAUUUUGUGUUGAGCUGCACUAUAGUACAAUAAUAAACAAUGGAUGAGUCA